UUGACUUGACGGCGUCUCAGGGAUGUGGGAGACGGUGGACUUGUGAGAGUGGGGAGAUUUUGAAAACAACUGGCAUAUUUUUUCUUUCGUGUGUUUGUGGAAUGACACCUUCCUGUAAGGAUAAACGUGUUGUAGCCGAAACGAUCAGGAUUUUGUAGGAUGGCAGAGCAGGCUCACUGAGCAGAGGAGGACAGGAGGUGAAAGAGGAGUUCUACUGGAGUUCUGAGAUGGAGCGUGCUCACAGCCUUCUCCUGAACGAGGAGGCAUGUAGUCAGAUGGGUGAACACCAGAGAGCCGAGUUCAUCUUGGAAUGGCUGAACCAUCUAAAGAGGCUCCUUCCGGCCACUGACAGGGUCGACAUCAGACAGAACCAGCGGUGCCUGGUUGACCAGCUGUCGGGAAUUCUGAUUAACUCCCCCAGCCCCCCAGCCCGCUGCCUGCUGGCCCACUGCUUGGCUGUGCUCUACCGCUUGGGAGACCCCAUCCCUUCUAGCUUAAUGAUGGAGAGGUGCAAUGACAUAAUCCGCAGCAAAGAUGACUCGCCGUCAGCCCUCCCAACCCGACUGGCAGCCAUUGCGUGUCUUGGUGCUCUGUAUGAACAGCUUGGCCGGAUGCUCAUCGGUUCCUUCAAAGAUACGUUAGUCAACCUGCUGAAGGCUAUGAAGAGCGCGGAGUCUCAGGGUCGCUAUGAGAUCAUGCUGAGCAUGGAGAGGAUCCUUCGAGGUUUGGGUGUCAGUGCUGUAUCCUGUCACCGUGACAUCUACAAGGUAGCGAGAGCCUCUCUGACAGACCGGUCCAUGGCUGUACGCUGUGCUGCUGCCAAGGUUUUGUUGGAGUUGCAGAGGGAGGCUGCAUUCCUGUGGACCAGCGAGCUGGAGAAUGUGGCCACUGUGUGCUUCAGAGCUUUCGAGGGCUCAAACUACAAUGUCAGAGUGGCUGUAGCCAAACUGCUGGGAAUUCUGCUGGCUGCUGCUGUGGAACACAAACAGCCCACUGCCUCCAGGCAGAGCGCUCGCAGUCAGACCUCCCUCGAGGAUGUCAUGGAGUUAUUGUCUGGAGGGUUUCUGAGGGGUGGAGGAGGUUUUCUCCGAACCAGCGGAGACAUGCUCAAGGGUACAAGCUCUGUCAGCAAGGACAUCCGCAUUGGAGUCACACAGGCCUGCGUGGUGUUUGUCUCCACCUUGGGUGGUUCCUGGCUUGAGGCCAACUUCCCUGCUUUCCUGUCCCUACUGAUGGAGCUGGCAUCGCACGUCAGGGCAACGCAGACACCGGGUGAUGCUGCAGUGACCCGCCGCUGUGUCACCUUCAUCCUGAGGAGCACCCUGGGGUCCCUGCUGGGAGAGAAAGCCCAGACCAACGCUGUCAAGCAGCUCUGCCUCACUGUGGCCGCACAGAAGCAAGCAGUUGAUGCUGCUCUGACUGAUGGGAACGUGGAGACCAGAGUCUCGUCUGCAGAUGUCUCAGCCAGUCAGCACGUGUUGGUCUGCUGCCUGCUGGAAAUGGGAGCACUGAUUCAGGGACUGGGAUCCACCGCAGCCCCCCUCCUUACCGACAGUACCACAGCCCUCCUGGACAUGGUGAUCUCUGUCCUCCUCCACCCAGCUGCCUUGGCCAGACUGGCUGCUGCUUGGUGCCUCCGCUGUGUUGCCUUAGCUAUGCCGUCUCACUGCUCUGUCCUCCUGGACCGUUGCGUUGAGCGUCUAGUGGCACUAAAGUCUUCACCUGAAGCUGUAGCUGGGUAUGGAGCUGCUAUUGCUGCUGUAGUGGCAGUAGUGCAGCACUGCCCUCUUGGAAUUCCACACACCAAGGACAAGAUGGUAAUGGAUCUGGCUGAAGACCUCCUCCGUUCAGCCUCUCAGAACAGUCGGAUUUCUCUCCAGAGGACUCAGGCCGGCUGGCUGCUUGUUUCCUCUCUCAUCACUCUGGGCCCAGCUGUGGUGGAGCACCAUCUGUCCCGCCUCCUCCUCCUGUGGCGGUGUGUGUUUCCCGCUUCCCUUCGCGAGCAGGAGAUGGAGCUGCGACGUGGGGACUACUUCACGUGGCAGGUUACACUUGAGGGACGUUCCGGGGCGCUCAGUGCGAUGAAGAACCUGCUGCAGCACUGUAGGGAGCUCGUCACUGAUGACAUCAUCGGCCGUCUACUCACACCAUUGGCCUGUGCUGUGGCCCUGCUUGCCAAGUUGCCUGCUCUCUUCAGGUCUUAUGGCAGUUCAUUUCGGUGUUGGUCGAUCGUCUACAGACAGAGAGUAUAUGAGCUGCUUGCUCUGCUGCCCCCACACACAUACCAAGAGAGUUUUGGGCUGGUGAUGAACCAGCUGGUGUCUGAUCUGUCCGGUCAGGACAACCUGAACCAGACAUGUUCAGAGCUCUCCCUGCUGCCACCCCUCUGUCAUCACGAUGACCUCCUGCUGGUUGGCCCUGCCCUUCACGACACAGACCACAAAUACAUCGAAGAACAGCUCCACAAUAGCAGUGUGGGAGGAGGCUCACUGGACAAUGACCCCUUCUGUCUGUGUGAGAGGAGCUAUGAAGCUCCCGCUCCUCUUCCUUCCACUGUCGCUCUGGCCACUGCCGCUGUCCAUCUUUUUGGAGCCGUCUUCCCUCACAUAAUCUCUGCUCAGAGGGUGAAGAUACUGGAGCAGUUUGUGGAAACAGUGAACCAGCUAAAGGGUCAACGUCAGCAAACUGUCCAGACACACCUUUGUGCUGCCCUCUGCAGUCUGCUCAAGCAUCAGGGUAGCGUUCGAGGCUCUCUGGGGCCCGAAGAGAUCCGUCCCCCAGCGUUGUCUCUCCUGUCAGGGGCGCUGGAGAGCACCAGUCCACUGCUACGCUGCCUGGCUGCUGAAGGUCUAGCCCGACUGGUUCAAGUAGUCGGCGAUCCAGGUUUCACUGUCUCCAUCUCCCUGCUCUGCUUUGAUAGGCUGAAGACCGUUCGGGAUGCAGCAUCUCGCAGUGGCUAUGCCCUGGCUCUGGGGGCGCUGUACCGCUACACUGGAGGAAUCAGCUCACCUCAACACCUGUCCGCCUGCCUGGGAGUCCUGUUCACCCUGAGCCAGGACAGUACCUCACCUGAGGUCCAGACCUGGUCUCUCCACAGUCUCUCUCUGGUGAUCGACCUGUCAGGUGGUCUGUAUAGAACCCAUGCAGAGCCGUCCUUCACCCUGGUGCUCAGGCUGCUCCUCUCCACUCCGCCCACACACCCUGAGGUGCACUACAGCCUGGGGCGUUGCCUGCAUGGCCUGAUCACCUGCUUGGGCCCAGACCUACAGGGUAAUGGUGCAGCAGUGUCUGGUCUGCGCUCCAGCUGUCUGGUUGGAUGUGGAGUGAUGCAAGCCAGUCCAGACUGUCUGGUUCAGGCCAGGGCCAUCUCCUGUCUGCAGCAGCUGCACAUGUUCUCACCGCCACACGUCAACCUGGCCAGUCUUGUACCUGCACUCUGUGAGAUCUUGUUGGAUUAUUCCAUAUUGGCCAACCUGUGCAGCUCAUUCCUAUGUCUGCGGCGGGCCGUGGUGGCAUGUUUACGGCAGCUUGUCCAGCGGGAGGCGCUGGAAGUCUCUGAGCAUGCCGUCAGUCUGGUCAAAGAGCUGCCCAGACGAGACAACACGCAACUUGAUGUCACUAUAAAAGAGGUUGGUCUCGAAGGUGCUCUGUUCAUUCUGCUUGACCGGGAGUCAGAUCUCGGUCUAAGGAAGGACAUUCAAGAGACUCUGGUCCACAUGAUGGCAGCGAGUGCCACCGGCAGCAAAUUGGCACACUGGCUGAAACUCUGCAAAGAUGUCCUGUCUGCAACUACAGAUGGCUGCGCCCCGCUGGAGGCAAGACAGGAGGAUGAGGAUGCAGAUUCUGGCAAAGAUGACGACUCCUCUGCUUUCAGAGCCCGGUCAGAGUCCGGCGGCCCAUUCACAGCGUUGCGCUCGGCCACACGUUGUUUUGCCAUGGAGUGUGUGUGUCGCAUUAUAGCACAGUGCGAGACUGCAGACCCAGCUCACUUUGACAUGGCUCUUGCUCAGGAGCGGCGCCUGCACGAGUCCACUGACUUCUUGGUCCUCCAUCUUGGUGACUUGGUACGCAUGGCGUUCAUGGCAUCAACAGAUCACAGCAAUGAGCUGCGACUGACAGGACUUCAAACACUAUUGGUGAUCAUCAGACGGUUCUCAGCCAUUCCGGAACCAGAGUUUCCUGGUCAUGUGAUCCUGGAGCAGUACCAGGCUAAUGUUGGAGCUGCUCUCAGACCUGCCUUCACUGCUGAAGCUCCUCCUGACAUUACCGCCAAAGCCUGCCAGGUGUGCAGCGCAUGGAUCGCCAGCGGUGUAGUCAGUGACCUCCGUGACCUGCGACGUGUCCACCAGCUCCUCGUCUCCUCAUUGGCUAAAGUCCAGAGUGGGCAGGAGACAUCAAGCCAGCUGUACAAUGAGGCCACUGCUACCAUGGAGACACUGGCUGUUCUCAAAGCCUGGGCUGAGGUUUACAUUGUAGCUGUUCAGAGGAGCAAACAGAAAGAAAUCCCUCUUAGACCAGCUGACCUGUCGGUCUCCCCUCUGGCCAAUGACAGUUCAGGCUCUGAGUCAGGAGGGACAGGCCUUCUGAAGUUGGUCCAGUCGGAGCUGUCAACACUGAGCCAUCUAUGGUUGGCAGCACUACAGGACUACGCACUACUGACCCUCCCACAGGAGUACACAUCACAGCUACCUCCAACAGGAGGUUCCUUCUACACAGCAGAGACAGUGAACCAAGCAAGACGUCAUUACACCUCAUCCUGGGCUCCCAUCCUCCACGCCACCUCCCUCUGGCUCCACAGCACAGGUUUCAUGAUCUCAGAUGAAGCACCUGCUAACCUGUCCAGACCAGCAACGCCUACCUCCAUGGGAAACAGCAGCUCUGUGGGUGGAGCCAAGAGUCCAGAGGACAUUAAUACUGAUAGACUGCAUCUCAUACUUGGGAUCAGUGUAGAGUUUCUCUGCUCUCCACAUUCUGAGGACCAGAUGGAGAACAUCACCUCCUGUCUUAGAGCUCUGCAGGUGCUGCUGGAUGUCUCAUGGCCCCGAGCAAAGAUUGGAAAUGACCAGGCUCUGAGUGUGGAGCUGCUCAGCGUCCUCCACAGACUCAUGGUGACCAGAGAGUCAGUAUCUGUUCAGCUUGCUGUGUUGGAUUUACUGCAGCGAAUUGUAGCUGCUGCUCAUGAGCACAUCAGGGAGAAACGCCACAGUGCUGAAGUGGACGACGGCGCAGCAGAGAAGGAAACGCUGCCGGAGUUUGGGGAGGGGCGGGACACUGGAGGUUUGAUUCCCGGUCACUCGCUGGUUUUUGGUGCGCUGGAGCUCUGUCUCUGUCUGCUGGUCCGGAAGCUCCCGCAGCUCAGCCCCAAACUGGCUGGAACCAGUCCAACUGGUCCUGGAGGUUCAGCGUGGACUCUGACUGACAGCGACUGUCGUCUGCUAGCAUCAGCUCUCUGUGUGCUUUCUGAGCUGCCAUCCAUCUGCUCUCCUGAAGGCAGCGUGUCCAUUCUUCCCACUGUCCUUUACCUGCUGCUGGGAGUCCUGAGAGAGUUGGUCCACCAGCCCAGCGUGCACACAGGUGCUCCAGCAGUUGAAUCGGGGGCUGGGGCUGGUCUUAGUGUGGUAAUGCAGGCGGCUAUUCAGGCUCUGAAGUCCGUCUUGACUUCACCGAUGAGCCGACAAGAGAAGUGUCGAGGAGCCUGGAACCUGCUGCUGCAGUCAGCUCUAAAUACACUGCUAAAACUUUGGGACACCGGGCCUUUCGGCUGUGUUGUGGAUCAGAUCAGCCUCCUCACUGCUCUCACUGUUUUCCUGCUAUCUGCAAGUCCCGAUGUGUGUACCGUAGAGCCUCUGCACAAGCUCUGUCUGCAGCGCUUCACCUCCAGCAUGGACUCCAAAGACCCUCUGGUUGUGAGUCGUUGUUGUCAGCUGCUAACGACGGUGUUUCAGGCUCAGCCCGGCGUGGCUGUCCCAUACAUCCAGGCCCUCGGCCCAUCAUUGGUUCGAUUUCUCCAGAAGGUGGAGCGGAGCCAUCCUCAAACUCCAGAGGAGCUGGUUGGAGUCCUGGAGGGAAUCCGAGCUAUGGAGGCUUUGAUCCAGGCUGCUGAUGAAUCACAGCGUCCUCAGUUGAUGGCCAUCUUCGUCCCCCUCCUCAUCUCCUUUCUCCUGGACGAAAACGCCCUUAGUUCUGCCCCCAUGGCAUCCAGGUCUCUCCACGAUUCAGCACUCAAGGAUCUGAUGCGCCAUGGCCCCCAACACCCAGCUGUCUUCAGGUCACUCAUCACAACAUCUCCUCACCUGAAGUCUCGUCUUCAAGCUGCCAUCAAAGGAAACCAGGAGAGUUUGAAUGUUAAAGCCAGCAGCACUAACCCCGCCACCCGCAGCGCUGGGAAGUCCUCUCCCAGCAUCACACUCAAAACAAACUUCCUGUGAGACAGCCGAGCUUAGAUCGCAGAGACAGGCCGACCUCUGCGGUUUAAUGUCAUUAACGCACUGCGCUACUUUGAUUGUCCCUCGGGACAUUCUGAUUGGUAAUGUGUGUAGCAUGACAUAUCAAGGCAUACCGCCAUAUUGGAGGAGUGAUGGCGCACUGCAUGCCACUCAAUUACACAUCACUUGUACACUUUGCUUCAUUGCAUCAUUGAAAGAAGCAAGUUUGGCAUGUUUUAUCCCCUCAGCUGCACAUCAUGCAUUCCUGCUGAUCAUUUAUCAAAUCAUGGACCGACUCCUCCCCAGCACACACGAAUUUCAGUUCAUAUCUACCAGAAUGAACUCACAGAGCGUUGAAAGCUGCUGCAGAAAGAGAAUCUCUUGGCUGCAGCUUCACAUGAACUGAGACCAGCAUCAGUAAUUUGGUGAAUGGUCAACAUGAUGGAGAAAAAUCAGCACGAGUCUUGUUUUAUUUUUUUUUUGUGAAAUCCUGUAUUUUCCUGUGAAACUUACAGGAAAAUGUGUGUAUUACAAAUGACCUACAAGUGUCAAGUAAAUGCCACUAGUCAAAAACGGUGAUAGAUGGGGUGCAGGUUUAGCUCAGUGGUUGAGCAGUCCGGGUUCAGUUCUAGCCCGAGGCCACUUGCUGCGUGUCCUCCCUGCUUUCCUGUUUCCUCUUCACUGAAAACAGUCUAAUAAAGGUGAAAGCACAAAAAAGAACAGUGAUGCAUAUAUGCUAGAUGUGGGUAUUACGAGACAAGAAAAAUCCAAACCUAAGUUCCUUUUUGUUUUUUAUUUCCCCUCUAAAUUAUGUUAGUCUGUUCAUCAAAGUCCAGAAUGAACAGACCAGCCUGAAAUCAAUCCAAAACCAAGAGUAGAGCUGCCCAUCAAAAGGAACCAGUUUAUUUGGUUCUGUCAUGUGACUAGGAUGCCUGCUGGGUGAGGUGUUUCAGGCUUAUCCAGCAGGGAGGAGACCCUGAAGAAAUGUCAAGUAGUCUCGUUUUUCUUAGUUCCUGAGUGACGUGACCAGUCAGCAUCUGCAUGGCAGCCAUAAUCAGAGCGGUUUGAAUUGAAGGAAAGGUGCUUCCUUUAUAACCACCUUCAGCAGAGGAUACACUGGACCAUUCUUUAUGAAAGAAAAGAUCGCCCAUCCCACAUUUCAUAUUGAAGCACCGUUCACAACAAGAAAUGAUCACCAUAAGUGACACACACAUCAUAUCAAUGUUGAGCUGCUGAUAUGCUCCAAACUGAAUUAAUUUGACUUUAGUCACAGGAGGCUGUGAUGUCCUAGUCCUUUUGUGUCUUUGCAUCGUCAGCCCUGGAAUACCCGGUCACUAUUUGAGUCUUUUGGAAGUAAACAGGAAUCAAUGCUCAGGCUGGACUGUAAUCUAAGAAAAUUGACUUUUCACCUCUUGCAUGUGAUCUCUAUCCAACAUCUCUAUCAUAAAGACUGGAAUCAGAAUCAAAAGUAACUUAACUGCUCCUGUAAAGGAUGCAUAUAGUGUUGAUUGUAUCACUUUGUGUUAAAGCAACCACAUGGUGUUUUAAAAUGUGACUAAACUACCAACAGCAGUUAAGGUGCGUGUCCUGAAAGGGAACAUUCUGUCUGAGGUUUUUAUUAAGAGUGUCACUUCUGUAUACUUAAUUUCUGUACGAAGUCAAUUUAGUUAAUUAUUCUAAUGAAUAAUGGGUUAUAAAGAAGGUUUUUUUAUUCAGUGAAAUGUUUAGUUUGGUCUGACAAAUCACAAAAUAACCUGUUUGUCUCAUGAUAGUUUAUAGGGGACAGUUUAGCUCUCAGCACUUUAUCAGUUAAAGGGACAGUUUGUGGAUUUUUGCUUUUGAGUAAGCCAUUCAUGAUUUCUUCAGAGAUUGUGCUGGAUUUUAUUAAAUGUACUUUUCUGGUGCUCACCAGAUUCAAAUUAUUCAUCUUUAUUUUGUUCAAGAGAAGGCAGCCAUGUCUACAGUAGGUAUCUGAAGGGACAGCACUGCAGUCCACGGGAAAACCUGUACUUGUGAUUUUUGGGGUGAACUACCCCUUUAAUAACACUACAAUAACACUCAUGUUUAGUUGUUGUUUGGUUUGCUGUCAUCUGCAGUAAAAAGUGUUGACUGACAUAAGAAAGAAUGUAAGUUUUGUUAUUAAAAAGAAGUUACUGUCUAAA